AUGUCUGUCACCGACGCAACUCUCAAAGCAAAAUAUCCCGCCAAAGCCCACUGCCGGCGUGUUGCCAAAUACCUCACCGACGCAGGCUUCGCUCGAGAUGGAGUUAUCUAUCUGGAGGCACAGAAGACGAAGAUGGUCGAGGACGAUGACCAGGCCAUGCACUUCCGACAGCGUAGAUACUUCUUCUACCUCUCCGGCUGCAAGCUGCCCGACGCCUAUCUCACAUACAACAUCCCCCAAGACCAACUCACCCUCUUCAUCCCUCCCAUCGACCCGGACAGUGUUAUAUGGGCCGGACUACCGGAAUCCAAAGAGGAGGCAUAUCGGAAAUACGACGUUGACCAUGUGCUAUACACUGAUGAAGUCAACGCUGCAUUGGCAGCAUACGGCCCGUCAGGUUCGACCACCGUCUAUGCUAUUCCCGAACAAGUAUCGGAGCAUAUCACAUUCCUCCCCUUCAAGGCAACACAGUUCUCCUGCUUGAAAGAAGCCAUCGACGAAUGCCGCGUGGUCAAGGAUAGCUAUGAGGUUGCAUUGAUUAAGAAAGCCAAUGAGAUCUCGACACUUGCACACAUUGAAGCGGCUAAGGUGGUACGGAAUGCCACAAACGAGCAGGAACUUUAUGGCGCGUUCAUUGGGACUUGCAUAUCACAUGGCGCCCAUGAACAGGCUUAUCACUCUGUAUGCGCGAGUGGAACGAGCUGCUCGACCCUGCAUUACGUUCGUAAUGACCAGCCGCUUCGAGAACGCCUCAACAUUCUACUCGAUGCUGGCGCCGAGUAUGAAUGCUACUGUGCAGAUAUCACUCGCACCUUCCCCAUCACCGGCACGUUCACGCCCGAGUCCAAAACCAUUUAUGAUAUUGUGGACGAGAUGCAAGAGUCGUGUUUCAAGUUGCUUCAUGCCAAUGUAAAGUGGGAAGAUGUGCACGAGAACGCGCAUUGGGUUGCAAUCCGUGGUUUGCUGAAAGCAGGCAUCCUGGUUGGGAACGAGCAAGAGAUCUUCGACAAGCGGAUUAGCGUGGCUUUCUUCCCACAUGGUCUGGGCCACUAUUUGGGCAUGGAUACGCACGACACAGGUGGUCACGCGGACUACGAAGACCCAGACACCAUGUUCAAAUACCUCCGGGUGAGGGGAGAGGUUCCCGCAGGCGCCGUCAUCACGGUCGAGCCAGGAAUAUACUUCUGCAAGUUCAUCCUGGACCCAGUCCUUGAGGACCCAGAGUUAAGCAAAUAUAUUGACCGGAGCGUGCUUGACAGGUAUUGGACCGUUGGAGGUGUGAGGAUCGAGGACGAUGUGCAUAUCACGCAGGAUGGCUACGAGAAUCUAACCGACACACCAAAGCUGUGA